AUGGGGUCUGUUUCUCCGGAAAUUGGGAUAUUAAAGGACGUAUUCAGCCCGGAAAAUGAGGGAAACAUAAAUGCCUCGGACGAAAAGCUGGUACAUCUAGUUGAAGAAGGGAAUGUUGAACAAGUUGAAGCUUUUAUUAAGGAGGCGAGAGAUUUGGAUCUAAAUCUGGGCAUAAUAAAAAACAGUAUCUCUACAACUGGCUUACUACAGGCAGCAAAACAAGAUCAUUUUCUAAUGAUCAAGUUACUGCUGGACCACGGAGCAAAGUUGUUAAAAAUUGAUACAAUUACUAAUAAAGAAAUGAGAAGAGAAUUGAACUUCUCUCUACAGAUGACUAAUUUUUACCAUGGUCUAUCCAGUCCGUCGUACAUAUCACUUACAAGUGAUGACCCUCUACGCACUACAUUACAACUGAUUGGUGAGAUUCAUAAAUUGUCGGACGGAAUGUUUGAUAAUGAAUAUUUUAGGGGUGAAUAUAAUGUUAUAUUAGAGAAGCUGGAAAAUUUUGCUGUUGAACUCCUGAGUAAAUGUACUACAAAUGAAGAGGUGUUGUUACUUUUACACGGAAAGCCAAAUCCAGCCAAUGCUGAACCGCCACAAAACAAAUUGCUUAUGUUAGAAAAGGCCAUAGAAGUCCGGGCGAAAAAGUUUGUAGCAGAUUCCAGGUGUCAACAUGUGCUAGCGAGUAUAUGGUAUCAAGGUUAUGAAGUGUUCAGAAGUUAUAGUCUGACAUUACUCUACGCACUUCUGGUUUACGGAUUGUUACAACCAGUAACUGCCGUAUUGUAUCUCAUCUUGCCGUCAACUAGAUUCAGCAAAUCUUUGAAGAACCUGAGUACAAUGAUAAUGAUGCAUUUUUUCGCACAAGUGGGAUACAUCAUUUUAUAUUUAUGCAUCAUAAAUAAGGUGUUAUCUUCUGACAUGACAUCACUACUUGUCAAUGGUCCAUUGUGGGUAUUAGUGUGUGUAAUGUACAUGCUUUAUGGAGUGGGUAUGACCCUAAAGCUGAUCACAGACAUGAAGUUAAGGGGUAUUUUGAAUGUUUUAACAAACAUGUAUGGUGGCACUAAUAUGGCUGUUGUUGUGUGUAUAUAUGAUGUACAGAUUCUAUUAUAUCUAGUCUGUUUAUGCUUUGAAGGUGAUUCCGAAGAAGCUGCUAUUGUCAAUGCGUUAUUCCGUUGUAUGUGUUGCACGGGUCUAUUGAAUUCUUGUGCGCAAUUGCUUGAGUUUAUGCUUUUGAAUUCUGCAAUAGGCCCAAUGCUUAUUGGACUAAAAUGUGUAAUCAAAGAUUCUAUUCGCUUUCUUGUGGUCUUCUUUGUAUUUCAAAUUUCUUGCUCUCUUUCACUGCAUUAUCUCUACUAUGACGGGAAUCUUGGAGGAUUUUCUGAAAGUUUGUUAUCAACCUGUUGGAGCUUACUUUGGUCGCUUUUUGGUAUCCAUGAAUUCAGUAGAAUAAAUUCGGGGGAGUCACUGACACUUGGAUGUUCGCUCAAUAAGACAGAUUCUUCAACACAUAACAGCGAUGAUACACAGUGUCGCUUCUAUACAACCCAGACUUCUCUGAAAAUAGUAGCUUCCUAUGGUAUGAUGAUGUAUGCCUUGUACUGUGGAGUAGUGAUUCUUGGCCUACUUAAUAUCUAUAUAGCCAUGAUGACCAAUACAUAUGCCAAAAUCUAUAAUGACAAUGAUAUAGAAUGGGUGUAUGCGUGCACGAGCGUAACUAUGCAGUAUUCACAGUAUUCACUCGCAUUACCACCACCUUACAAUGUGUUCGAGUUCAUAAAGAACUGUGUUAUCCGUAGUUUGCCAAUAGAAAAACAGAAAACCACAAGAAUAACAGUCAUAGGAGUGAGCGAUUAUGAUAAGGUCCUUAGACGAAUUAUAUACGAGUAUUUAAAACAGAAGUUUGAAGCGACUGACAACCAAACAAACUUGAUAGCAUGCAAAACGAAAUAUUAA